AUGACUAUCGUCGCCAUCUCAUACCGCAUUCAAGUCUCGCAGAUUCAACACCUUGUGCCUCAAGAACUCGAACUGGAAGACCAACCAAUAAUGACUUCUUUAUUCAUCCACUAUGGCACUUCUACCGCGGCGCCAUCUUCGCUGGGAAGGGAAAUCUUUGGGUAUCCCAAGAUCUUUGGAAAAGUCAAUUUUCACCCUUCUGCUGGGUCGAGAGUCAUGAUGGGAAACGUCGAACGUCCGGCGGCAAGAUCUCUGAUUGAGUUUGAGCUUGCACCAAAGGCGAUUCUUGGUAAUUCGGUGGGAGACGCGACUCCGCCUAAGGUGCUGAAUUUGCGCGUCAUCCCCAGUACAAACCCAGCUGAGCCUGCGUUGAGGGAGUUUGUGGUUGUUGAUAUGCAGUUUGAGUUUAGUGAGAGAUGGAGUGGACCAGGAAGUCUCAAGUUCAAUAAGGGAUUUGCGUCGACUCCAUGGGCUAAUCUGGACGUUGAUUCGUAUGUUAGCAAGGCGGUUCUGGGUAACAAAGCUGAACGCUUUCCUCUUUGA